CAUCCCCAGUCAUCCGCUUAGAAGGACGUGGUCGCAAACUUGUUACUUCUCUCCACUUAAUUUCCUUUCUUUCGCUCAUUAAUCUUUUCUUUGGAACUACUAUUAUAACACUGAGAAGUACAGAUAUUGCUGGCGACAACCGUUUGCUGCGCUGCCCAGCUUCACUGACCAUUCUGGAAUAACGACGGGAACAAGGAACAAGACUUUUAUCCUGUCGCUGUUGUCUUGCUUCAUCUUACUGAAAGCAAACCUACAAUUAUCACGGAAAAGCUUCACCAUGUAUCUAGUGUCCCUCGCUCUGGAAUAUGGGGCUCCCAUAUUCCUGGUUUCUUCCCCUGUGACAUCGUACGCGGACCAGAUCUACAGCAUUCAUCGGACAAGAAGCUCGGCCGGGUUCUCGCUCGAUAUACCCCUGAUCAUGCUCGUUGCCUCGAUCCUGAAGGUCUUCUACUGGUUCGGGGCCUACUAUUCGAUGUCAUUGCUUCUGCAGGCGGCGAUCAUGGUCGUCGUCCAGGUGAUCUUGCUAAAGGUUGCGCUGGACAACCGGCCUAUGCCCGGUGGAAAGAAUGGGAUCGAGCAUGCUCCGUUCAGCUCAGUCGAAGCAGACGGUGCUUUCUCGAGACCUUAUAACUUCUGGCAGUGGAGGAGCGCGAAACCUUACUGGAUGUUUCUGGCAUAUCUCACUGGCGCUCUGUUCUUUGUUCACGUAUUUCUCCCUCCCAUCGCUCAAUCUGAACUCUACAUCAACUUGCUCGGAUACGUCGGUCUCGCGGUCGAGGCCAUUCUCCCCGUGCCGCAGGUGCUGGCCAACCAGAAAUCCCGGUCGUGCAAGGGAUUCCGGUUGUCGGUUCUGGCGUCCUGGUUGAUCGGUGACGCUUUCAAGAUGAGCUAUUUCUUUGGCAGUCAGCAGGUCAUUCCUUGGGCUUUCCGGAUGUGCGGCAUCUUCCAAUGCAUCUGCGAUUGCUAUCUCGGCAUGCAGUACUGGAUGUUCGGAAGUGGCCCGACCCCAAAGGCUGCACCUAGCUCUCAAGAGAUCGGCGAGGCUAGAUGGGGAGCAGAUGAGAAGGACAUCCGACUGAACUAGGGGUUGUAUCGAGUCUGGCCGUUCGGGGUGCGUUGUCGGCGCCUCGAUGCUUCAUGAAGAUAAAUAUUUGUAAUUAAUGACAGCUAUAUUGAUAGAUAUAGAUAUUCAAACAUGAUAGAGAGUGAAAACACAGGCUGAAAGAAAGAACUCAUAAUACAAAAAGUUGACUAACUCAUCUUCAAAGCGCGUC